ACGACCCCGUCGCGAGACCGAAAAAAAAAAACCACCGUGCCGUGGCCAGCAACCUACCUCCUCGGCUUCUCUCUCUCUCUCUCUCGGUCUCCCACCUCCUCAUCCCGCUCGCCCGCUCGCCGACACGGCGCAAAUCCAAGAACCCCCCACGCCGUGCGUGGACACCUCGCCUCGCCUCGUCCUCGCCCAUCUCUCUCCUUUUGCCCGCAUCCGCGGCCUCGCCUCGUAGUCCCCGCCGCAUCUCGCCAUUCCGCUACGCGCCCAAGCUACUGCUAGUAGUACUAUCUGCUCCCCCGUGCGUGGUCGGGUCAGGUGGGUCGGCCGCGAGAUCCCGCCAUGGAGGUCAGGACAGUAAAAGUUAGCAACAUUUCAUUGAAUGCUUCAAAAAGGGAGAUCACAGAGUUCUUCUCUUUCUCUGGAGAUAUAGAAUAUGUUGAGAUGCAAAGUGAAUCUGAAAGGUCACAGCUUGCUUAUGUUACAUUUAAGGACUCACAAGGAGCAGAUACUGCUGUGCUUCUCUCAGGGGCAACAAUUGUUGACCGUUCUGUCAUCAUAACUCCAGUUGUGAACUAUCAACUGCCUCCUGAUGCACGCAAACAAUCCGCAGGAGAGAAAUCUUCCUCUGCUGAAUCUGUAGUCAGGAAGGCAGAGGAUGUUGUGAGCAGCAUGUUGGCAAAGGGCUUUGUCCUCAGCAAGGAUGCUCUGAACGUAGCAAGAUCUUUUGACGAGCGUCACAACAUACUGUCCAAUGCUACAGCUACUGUCGCAUCUCUAGACCGCCAGUAUGGCGUGAGUGAAAAGAUCAGUUUGGGCCGUGCAAUUGUUGGUAGCAAGGUCAAGGAGGUGGAUGAUCGUUAUCAGGUGUCAGAACUCACAAAGUCCGCUUUAGCGGCUGCGGAGCAGAAAGCCAGCAUUGCAAGCUCUGCUAUCAUGAAUAACCAGUAUGUCUCAGCUGGUGCUUCCUGGUUAACAAGCGCAUUUGGCAUGGUAACCAAGGCGGCAGGUGACAUGAGCUCCAUGACCAAAGAUAAGGUAGACAGGGCCGAAGAGGAGAGGAAAGCGAUCAUGUGGGAAGAGAGGAAUGGGCUUGUAAGUGAUUAUGCCAAGAUCCAUCUUGAUGAACCCUCUUCAUGGGAGCCUGCAGUUCUUCCGUUGGAAUCUGUGGAUGAGCAGAAGCUCCAGGCUGUGUGAUCUGCACAAUCCAAUGGUGGUCGUUUCUCUGCACGUCAUUCUUUUGUUCAUGUCCAAUAUAGAAGAUUGUUUUUCACCGCUGCACGGUAGCAAAAAUAUUGAGCUUAUUGCCUAUAGUAUGAUGUAAAUUUUAGAAAUUCCCCAUGUGUUUUCUUCCAGCUUUGUUAUAGACCACUGAAAGGCUUACUUGUUCAGUGUUAGACAUGGAAAUGAAAGUUGUUCCAGACUUCCAGGCAUACCUCUUGUUAUGGUAGAACAUGUUUCUGUGAGUUAUCUCAGAACUAUUUGUGCUCUGAUAUUCUGAAGCUACAUGUGUAAGGCCCAAAUCUGGGAAAUAAUCAAGGUCAAAAUGAAAUGCAGACAAUAUUUCCUAAUCCUA